AUGGCCAAGCCCAGACUCAUCAUCCUCAUCCGCCACGCCCAGUCCGAGGGAAACAAAAAUAGAGACAUUCACCAGGCCGUCCCCGACCACCGCGUCAAGCUCACCGCCGACGGCUGGAACCAAGCCUACGACGCCGGCCGCCGACUGCGUGCCCUCCUCCGCCCCGAUGACAAAGUCCAGUUCUUCACCUCACCCUACCGCCGCACACGUGAUACCACAGAGGGCAUCCUGACAACGCUCACCUCCGACGAUGUCGACUCCGGCCCGUCCCCGUUCCGCCGCGCCGCCAUCAAGGUCUACGAGGAACCCCGGCUUCGCGAGCAGGACUUUGGCAACUUCCAGCCCUGCAGCGCCGAGAUGGAGCGCAUGUGGCAGGAACGUGCCGACUACGGCCACUUCUUCUACCGCAUCCCCAACGGCGAGAGCGCCGCCGACGCCUACGACCGCGUCAGCGGCUUCAACGAGAGCCUCUGGCGCCAGUUCGGCGAGGACGACUUCGCCAGCGUCUGCGUCCUCGUCACCCACGGCCUCAUGUCCCGCGUCUUCCUCAUGAAGUGGUACCACUUCACCGUCGAGUACUUUGAGGACCUGCGCAACAUCGACCACUGCGAGUUCCUCGUCAUGCGCAGGCAGGACAACGGCAAGUACAACCUCGAGACGAAGCUGCGCACCUGGUCCGAGCUUAAGCGGGAGCGCGCGGCCCUCAAGGAGAAGGAGCGGGAGAAGGAAAGGGGAAAAGUCGGCGGCACGGCGGCGGCGGCUGACGGGACACCGGCUAAGGACGAGGUCAAGCUCCAGCGCAACAAGACGUUUGUCGUCACCCGCCGAUGGGGUGGCUGCCCGGAUGGCUGCAACCACACGAGCAAGUAUCUUAAGCGGCAGGACCUCGAGUCGCUGCGCCAAAAUGACAUUGAGCAGGCGGCCCAGUCGUCCCGCAAGGCCGCUAACAACGGCAGCAACGGCCACCACCACCACCGUCACCGGCCGCGACCCGCCAUCAGCUCCGACGACGAAGAUGACGAUCACGGCGCCACCCCAUCAUCCAGCACCACUGCCAGCCCCGAUAGGAAGAAGCAGCAGCCGCCACCCGUACAUGUCUCUCGCGCCACUACCACCACCGCUGCCGAAGAGGCCGACGACGACGGUACCACGGUGGCUCCCUCUGAGCAGCAGCCCACGUUAAAGUCCCCGCCGUUUGUGCACCUCGGGCGCGACUUUGGCGGCAGCUACUCCGGGCACGCCUCCGUCGCCGACUCCGACAGCGACAAGCCCGACGACGAAGCCGGCGGCCUGCACCGCCGCCGUCGCCGCGGCAGCAUCCUCAACUCCGUCGAGGCCCGCCUGCUGCAGUCCACCAUCAACAGCCACCACCACCACCACCACCAUCACACCCGGCAGCUCUCCACGGGGAGCAGCGUCGCCAGCCCCGGCAUCGGCCCGUUCGCUAAUAGGCUGGGCGAUGCGCCGCCGCUGAGCGACUCUGAAUCCGGCGACGGCGGCGUGGCAGAGAAGAAAAACAAGCAGGACAAGCAGAAGGAGGAGGAGGAGGUGGUGGUGGUGGUGAUGAGGGGCGGCAAGGAAGAUGCCGAGGAUGGGGAUCUCGAGGCCGCGGAGCAGGCGGAUCGGAGUAUCCAGGGAAGCGUGUACUAA